CGUGCCUCUGACUAACACCAACAAUGUUAACUUGCAUCACGGAGGAUGAGAUGACGGGUAAACGUACAAGACAAUGGCUCUAGAAGUUCGAGGCAGUGUGAAUUGCAUUUAGUUUCAUUCAAUCCGUCUUCCAUUCUUGCUCGAUGUUUUCUCUUUGUUAUUCCAUCUACAACAACUUCUUAGAUCUGCCACGACUUCUUAGGCAUUCUUCAUUCUUCUUAAUUCUACCUUUUAGUUUAUAGGUCAGGUACCUUUUAUUCAUACAUACACCGAGCUGGUCUCACGCCUUGCGUAUUGUUCUCAUGCUGCACAUAUAAUCCAUCUCACCUAUUCCAUUCCUUGAGACUGAGCCCUUAUUAUUAGUGGGAACAAGAAUCGAUUUUUAGCAAGAACACAGACGGCACUGAGCAUUCAUACAUAUUCAUUCCAUCAAGAUGCUGGCAAUCUUGACUCUAAUAGCCCUGCUAAGCUUUGCGGAGGCUAGCCGGAAAACACCGCGAACCGCUAUACCUUCAGGCCUUAGUUCGCCUUUGACAACGACAACGUUGACGACAAUACCAUCAGUUACAACAAUAGUGUCGAGUAACAUACCCUCGAUCCAGAUUAAUACGUCAAGUUCUACAUCGCGAUUGCCGAGCGCCGCCGCUGCUAAGAGCAGGUGUACUACUUUACCACUCGAUGCGCCUACGUCUACAUCUAUAUCAACUCAUACCACAUUCGACCCUGAGAUUACGCCCUCGCCCGAGUUACCACCGCCAGGGGCUAAUUUCCACGAAAUAGGCGUCAAGUAUGUACAGACUACAUACUAUAGCUGCGUAACCUUUCCUUUGGAAACGCACUGCGGCUGGCAUGAACCUAUAUUAGACGCUGGAGCGAGCGGGAUGCGAUGCGAAGGAAGUGGGCAGGCAGCUUUACGCGCCGGCGUCGUCGCUGGUAUCGUCGCUGGCGGAUUAGUACUCGGGCUUUGAUAUUUAAGUGUAGUCCGUUGUAUGUUUAUUUAUUUUUCUUCCUUUUGGGCAUGGGCAGCUGGGCAGAUAUACCUCCAACCCUAAUGACUUACGAAAUAUGAUCAUGAUAAGUCUAGGACGCUUUGCGAUUAUGAGAUACCUUAGGUAGGAAAACAGAGGCGUUCAGGAAUCAAUAACUAUAGAGUUA